AUGCGCCACCCAUCCAUCACCAACACUGCAACCCCAAAAGGGUGCGAUUCGAAGGUGGUUAUACGUUCAGACGUUCAGUGGUAUCUACUUUUAUCUCACUUCAUCUUUCAAAAAAAACCUGAAGAAUCAACAAUGGAAAUAGAACCCGCCAGUAGCAGCGGUGGCUACCAUCGCCGUAGCAAUGUCGUUAAUACUGAUGAAACCGCCGAUCAUGACAGUGACGACGGCGGAGUAACUAUGGCUCCGAGCAGGAGUAUGAAGGAAAGAGCAACGUAUUUGGUGUGGCGAGAUCUAACGGUGGUGCUACCUAACUUCGGCCAUGGACACACCAAGAGACUGCUUAAUGGAAUCUCCGGAUUUGCAGAACCAGGUCGAAUCAUGGCCAUUAUGGGUCCAUCUGGCUCCGGGAAAUCCACUCUUCUCGAUUCCCUAGCAGAUCGAUUAUCGAAGAACGUGGUGAGGACCGGCGACAUUCUUCUCAACGGCGAGAAGAGAAAACUAAGCUACGGCACCGUCGCUUAUGUCACACAAGAAGACGUACUAAUGGGAACGCUCACAGUUCGAGAAACAAUCACAUACUCAGCCUAUUUGCGUCUUCCAACGACAUUAUCAAACGAAGAAGUGAACGAUAUCAUAGAAGGAACAAUAAUGGAGAUGGGUUUAGAGGAUUGCGGCGACAGACUCAUCGGAAACUGGCAUUUGAGAGGCAUAAGCGGCGGAGAAAAGAAACGAUUAAGUAUUGCUCUUGAAAUCCUUGUUCGACCUCGACUGUUGUUUCUGGAUGAACCUACUAGUGGUCUGGAUAGUGCAUCGGCGUUUUUUGUGGUUCAAGCUCUUAAGAGUGUAGCUCGUGAUGGAAGAACUGUGGUUUCUUCGAUUCAUCAACCGAGUAGUGAAGUUUUUGCAUUGUUUGAUGAUCUGUUUUUGUUGUCUGGAGGUGAAAUGGUGUAUUUUGGAGAAGCGAAAGAUGCGAUUAAGUUUUUUGCAGAGACUGGGUUUCCAUGUCCGACGAAGAGGAAUCCCUCCGAUCAUUUUUUACGGUGUAUCAAUUCGGAUUUUGACGUGGUGACAGCGACCUUGAAAGGAUCACAAAGAAAUUACGAAGAACCGAAAGGAUUAGACACAUACAUGAAGUUCACAACCUCCGAGAUAAAAGCCACACUAGUCGAUAAAUACAAAUGGUCAAAAUAUUCCAAGAAAGCUCAAUCAAAGAUGAAACAAAUAUCCACAUUACAUGGACCACAAACAAGCACGAUUACAAAAAGCCAAGCGGGAUGGUGGAAGCAACUCACAACAUUGACUAGACGCUCGUUUAUAAACAUGUCACGAGAUAUUGGAUAUUAUUGGCUACGCGUAAUUAUUUACUCGAUUGUAUCAAUAUGUGUUGGUACAAUCUUUUUUGAUGUUGGUACGGGGUACACUGCGAUCCUAGCACGAGGUGCAUGUGGCGGUUUUAUAACCGGAUUCAUGGUUUUUAUGUCAAUUGGAAGCUUCCCGUCUUUCAUCGAAGAUAUGAAGAUUUUCACACGAGAACGACUCAACGGGUACUACGGGGUAUCCGUAUUCAUCCUCUCAAACUUCCUUUCAUCUUUACCAUUCAUGCUCGCGAUUUCAUUAGUCACCGGGACUAUCACAUGGAACAUGGUCAAAUUCCGCAACGGCUUCUCCCGAUAUGCUUACUAUUGCCUCAAUCUCUUCGCCUCAAUUGCAGUUGUCGAAAGCUGCAUGAUGGUUGUUGCAUCACUAGUUCCCAAUUUCCUUAUGGGAAUAGUAACCGGAGCCGGAGUCAUUGGUGUCAUGAUGAUGACUUCCGGUUUCUUUCGCCAAUUACCCGAUCUUCCAAAAAUCUUUUGGCGCUAUCCCAUUUCAUAUAUAAACUAUGGAUCAUGGUCGCUUCAGGGAGCAUACAAAAACGACAUGAUAGGGUUGGUGUUUGAUGGGUUAUCACCAGGGGACCCAAAAAUGACAGGAGAAGAUGUGAUUAGGAAAAUGUAUCGAUUACCAUUAGAUCACUCAAAAUGGUGGGAUUUGUUGGCGAUAUUUGCAAUUUUGGUUGCUUAUCGCAUCAUAUUCUUCAUCGUUUUGAAAUUGAAGGAGAGAGCGUCGCCGUUUUUCCAAUCGAUGUAUACAAAAAGAACACUUGAUCGUUUAAACAAGAGAGCAUCGUUCAAGCGAUUCUCGUCUUCUAGGCGAAACCAUAAUCUUCGAUCGUUGUCUUCACAAGAGGGCCUUAGUUCUCCGCUUCCUUAGCUUCAAAAUAUAUAGUUAUUAUAUUAUACGAUUUGUUUUGUUUUGUUUCUUGAAUUUUCCAAAUAAAAAAAUCUUUGAUUGUAUGCUUAAUUUGUAUUUUGACAUAAGUAAUUCCGUAUAUAUGUAAUAGGUUAGGGGUGAGAACGAUUAUUGAACAUUAGAGUGAAAAUAUGAAAAAGUUGGCAAUAUUGUAAUGUUUGUAAAUUUAUAACUUAAUUAUAUAAAC